AUGAACGAAGGGACAGGAAAUGCGAAGAGCAAGGUAUUGUUACCGCAGCUCCUCACAAACACUCCAGGAGGUGGAAAUAACAGUCUAAACAACGACUACGCCAUGGACAUGAAGCCUGUUGUUAAAUUGCAUUACCCCACGCGAGCGCCAUUUAUGCGCUACAUGGAGAAACUGAUUGCACCCAAAUCGAAUGUGGACAAACCACUGCUGGAGAAGCGCCCUGAACCACCUUAUUUGCUGGAAAACUGGCCGACUAGCAAUGCCUUUACAAUGAUUAAACAUGAACGUAUUCGAGAGCUGAAGCGUCAGGCUAAUGACAGACGGCAGUCUGAGCUAAACAGAUGGCGUCGAACGGGCCACCUGGCUACCAAGAUUCCUAAGGAGUUUCGCCAGCGCUUUACAGCCCACGCUCAUCUCAAGGACCUCAUCUUCGAGGAGAACCUAAAUGAAGUUCGCCGCCAUGGCAUGCUUUUUGGACCAGCUAAUUUGACGUUGCAGCCUUUUGACAAGCACAAUAUUCCGCUGCUGUUUAGGAAGAGCGAGGAGAGUGUGGCGGUUGAGGUGACCGAGGGACCAGUCAACACACCCGAGGAUGCUAGCGCAGCCAGC